CGAAAGGGUCGGGUGCUGCUGCUACCGUUUCCAGCAAGAACGAAGCUCGUCGAUCCAGCGCGGAACAACAAGCAGCAGGCAGUGCUAGUAGCUCUAGCGGCAUAUUAAAUCCAGACGUGCAGGAGAAGACCUCUUCGUUAAACGCAACACCCCCGCCAGCACCGGCUCCGGACAAUGAAGAUCGCCGACGUCCUAGCCGUGUUUAUGUUCCCGUGCCCAAUCGGGAGGAGCUAGAUCGCAUUGUUGCUCUGUGGGAAAAGAAAGGGAGGGCCGCUUCUACAAGCGAAGCGGAGAUGGAGGAAGCAGAGAUGGAGGAAUCGGACAUGGAGGAAGCGGAGACGGACGAAGCGGAGAGGGAAAAAGAGGAGAUUAAGAGGGAAAGAGAGGAAGUGGUCGAAAAAUACGGUCCGACAGAAUAUUGGGACGUAUCUCGAAUUGGUGAACAGUUCGGCGGAAGCAAGGAGGAGGACGUCGGUGCGAGGAGGUGGGGUCCUUUUCCUAAAUGCUUCCAGCAUGGCAUGGCGCUGCCUUGGUCGGGUGUCUACGAGGACGCAUUUAAGAUAUCCAACUGGAAAACCACCGGGCUGACAAACAUGCGCAUGGUUUUCCUUGGUUGCACAGAUUUCAAUCAACCACUGGAAUGGGACCUCAAUGCCGUUAUAGACUUUUCGUACAUGUUUCACCUGGCUCAUAUGGGAUGGAAAAUCGGGAGCGUAGUAUCUGUCAUACUGGCCAGGCGCAUACUUUAUUUUUUUUUUCGUACUAGAAGCGUGGCCCCACCAUAUUUGUCUGGCAAGAGCUGCAUUGUUUUACUUCCGCAAACGCGAGGCUUUUGGCAUGCAAGCACGCCGAUUUCUUGCAUUUCGCUAUAGGGGGCGAAGUAGGCGGCCACCACAAAAACAUAUGAACGAUCCUGCGACACCGCUGCAUACCGAGUGAGUAUGUUCAGAUAGUACUAUGCGGCUUUCCUCUAUACCUGAGCGGUUUGCGCACCCUCUACACCAUCUAGGGAUGGACUUGCGGAGUUGCGCGCCGGACGUCGCAGACGGCGGUUGGGAGAUUGAGC